AUGUUUGUGGUGUUUUUUUACGGAGGAAGUCCAUUUGUUACGGUUUCCGCUGCAAGCCUUUUUGUGCCACCACCUAAAGUGACGUAUGAAAACAUAACGUAUGAAUACGACUGUGGGAUUUCUGCACUUUAUUGUAUGUACGGCAAACCUGUUUACGACUACGUUAUACUCCUCUUUUCGGGCGUAACAAUUCCUAUCAUGUUCUUUCUAUAUGCAUAUGUUUACCUAAUUGCGUCAAAGAAAGGAAAGGAGAAUGCAACACGCCAGGGAAAGAAGGUUAGAAGACGAGAAAUGAAAGUGACAAAAACCACAGCCAUAGUACUUCUUACUUACACCCUGUGCUUUGCACCAACUACUGUCAAAAGCAUUUUCUUUGCAUACGUUAAUAGUUUCACCUGGCGUGUGAUUUACAUGUGGUUUGCAAAUUCACUUCUCUUUGCUAACUCGAUGAUGAAUCCGUUAAUUUAUGCAGGAAGAAGUAGAGAAAUGAGAAAAGAAUUCAAAGAAACAUUUAGGUUCAUCAUUUGCAAGGUUUCAUCCGGACCAGUAAACGCGGAGUCAGGCACAAAGGCAUUCACAAGACGACAGUCGCCUAAAGUUGAUUUGGUGACAACGUCAUCAGCAGACUUGGCAGCUCGUUUCACCACGUCGUUUGAAAACACUGGCGACGUUUCAGUGCAGGUAUUAUAGAAAAAUUAGAUACCAUCACACACACUUAUAUCAUAGAGAAAAUUUCUCUAUGCUUAUAUACGGUAAAGGAUCAAAUGCCAAGAGCAUUGGUCGAAGCUCAAGAGUUUUUGCAUUUUUCCACAUUAAAGCAAACAAUAAACAACGUGACCAGCACAUUGGUCGAAGAUUACCAAUACGACAUUGGCAAGCAUAUUCUCUUUUCUUCAACUGAACUUAAUAAUUCUUCAAUUUUAGAUUCACCAUUGAACUCGUAAUUUGUUAAUGUUCAUCUGUGUCUUGGGAUCACAAUGCAACACAAGAAUACUGUUACCAGAAUGUUUUCAUUCUGAUAAAAUAUGCGUAUAAUGAACUGUUCUGGAUUAUGACAAGUAUCUCGGCUCAAACUUUUGGUAUCUUAGGUAGACAUAUUAACUGUUUAUUUGUGACAUGCUCGUACACAAGAAUGUUUAGAAAUGUGGGCACGUUUUUCCGAGUACAGUUGAUUCAGCUUUAUAUUUACAAAAUUUAUGGCCUCCUUAAUAAAAUUUUAAAAUAUGAAUUGCUUAAUGUGUAAAACGUUUGUAAACCAAUGAAAAUUGUGGUUUUUAUUUGAACGUUUUAUAAGUUUGAUGACUUGAGUGUUUUUAAAUUAGAAAGUCAUGCCUACUUUUGGAUUGCAUAGGGCCUAUAUAUUUAAAGGGGCCUAAAUAGUUGUCUGGAUAAAACAAUAUAAUAAAAUCACUAUUAUGAAUCACUAUAUAAUAAUUAAAAACAAAAGCACCGUAGAGAUUAAGAUAUGAAGGAUUGUCUCAAUAUGAUGCCAAACUUCUAUUUUGGUAAUUCAUUAUGUUGCUAAGUCAACAGUUUUUUAUGUGUAUUUUAAUAAGCGUAGGCCUAGCCUUCAAAUACCAAUUUAAAAUUGUUUGAAGUGCGUUUAUUACUAAUUGCGUUUAAAAAAUUCAUUUUCAUUAUUUUAAUAACUUUGGUAAUAGCCAUCGGUAUCACAUUAAAAUGUAAAUUAUAGCCUAUAGCUGAAUUGAUUAGUUAGGCCUACUUAGAA